UUCUGAUUUGAUGAAAUGAUUUCAGAUUUGAUUUGGUUUUGCUUAAUUUGUAGAAUUUUACAAACAUAAUUAAGAUUAAUUUGUUGAUAAUCAAUUAAUUUACCCAAAACUAUGACCACGACACCAAGUCCAAUUAAUUUAUUUAUUGAAAAAUUCAGUUCAAAAAUAAAUAUAAAUACCUCAACCCAUGAUGAAUAUAAAACAACUUUAAAAAUUGUUAAAAAUAUCGAAAUAAGAAAAGAUGUUAAAGAAAUCUUUGAACAACUCAAAGCUAAAGCCAGCAGCUGUAAAAUAAAAUCAGUCUCUCACUCGGAUAAAUUCCGUGAGGAAGGCAAUCGCUUGUUCAGGGCUGACAAAAAGACCAAUGCCCUUGCUGCGGGUCGUUGCUAUACAGAUGCCAUCCUCGCUGCGCCCCAGGACAGUGAAGCUUUGGCAUUGGCACACGCCAACAGAGCGGCUGCUCUAGUUGAGUUUGGAUAUUAUUCUGAUGCCUACCGUGACUGUGCCCUUGCCCUGGAACUGGGUUAUCCAAAAGAGAAGCAACUGAAAGUCCUGAUGCGACAAGCUCAUUGUUCUGUUAAAUUGAAAAACUUCUUUAAACUAGAAGAAGUUCUAGAAAAGUUGCGAGACAUGCGAUUAGACGCAAAAUGCCUUUUGGAAAGAGAAGACCUCGAAGUUGAAUUGAAAAAAAUAGCAGAACUACCAGGCAAAUGGCACCAAGAAGAUCCACACGAUUAUAAAGUUCAAAAUAUCUUAGUGCACCCAAAAAAGGGACGAUACAUGACUGCAUGGAGAGAUUACCAAAAAGACGAUAUGGUUUUGUAUGAAAAGGCAUUUGCGUUUGUUCCUGUCAAUGAGGCGAGAAAUUGCAAGAUUUGUUCCAACUGUGCCAAGCAACAAUUUAUUCCCUAUCCAUGCUAUGUAUGUUCCAAAGUCGUCUACUGUUCGCCGCAAUGCAAGUUAGAAGAUGAAAAGAUCCACAAGUACGAGUGCUUCGGUCACAGAUGUGAUCUAUACGAAUCCCUUGGCGUGACCUAUUUUGCCAUGCAUACACUCCUCCGUGGACUACCUGAAUAUCUCCCUCAGCUUGCUAACUGCUCCAGUGGAGCAGAGAUAUGGCAACAAAUUGAAACCAUUGGUAAAUCCCGCAAAAAAGGUUACCCAGAGAUUCUUGCGCUCUACAACAAUAUCCACCUACUUAGUCCGAAUUCCAUUCAAGAAGUAGUUUUGGGUUCAUUCAUUAGCGCACACUAUUUAGUUUCUUGUACAACAUUUCCGGAACUGUACUCCAAAAGUACCUGCACCAAAUCCGACUGGUUGGCGAUUAUAUCGGCAUUGAUUUUGCGGCAUGCCGUUCAAAUGAUCGGCAAUGCGCAGGGAGCUUCUGCAGUGAACUUCAUGGACGAUUCCUACGCCUUCCAAGCAUUGGCAGAUAUUUGGACGCAGCCGCAUCAUCUCAAAAGAGGAAUGCUGCAUGGAUUUCGUGAUUUUUGUAUUAAUAUGUCAGGAAUCUUUCCGUAUCUUAGUUUGUGCAACCAUUCGUGUGAUUUAUCGUUGCGAGUGAAUUUUGAUGGAAAUCGUUUAAUUGCCAAAACUCAGUGCGAACUUAAGGCAGGCGACGAGAUUUGCAACUCGUACGUUUUGGAAUGCAGAAUUAAUCCCAAAAGCAAUCGUCAGCAAGACCUGAAGAUGUUGUAUCAUUUUGAAUGUGAUUGCAAACAUUGCACCCCUAAAGCCAACGACGAGGAAUUUCUUAAGUUCCACAAAUACCGUUGUGAAAAUUCAAAAUGUAACAAAAUGUUUUCGCCCCCCAUUGGCGACGAUCUCCAAUGGUGGUUGCAUAUUGUAGAAAACCCUAAGAUCGCGCUGAAAUGUUCCUUUUGUAAAUCUGCCCUAAAACUUGAUUGGUUUAUCGAAUUCGACGAACUCUUUAAUGCUGAGGUUUUGAGUACAGCACAACUUAUGGAGGCUGUGAGGCAUUUUAAAUACGCUGAGGAGAGACUAUAUUCCAUUGAUUUGCGGCAGUACAUGGCCUACCAAAUAGUUAAUGCAUUCUUUAAUACGUGGAAAGAGGUUGAAAUUGAGGAUGUUCUAUUCAAAGAAAUCACAGAGGUUAUCAAGAGUUGGCUGGAUUAUAUUGAAGAACAAAAUGAUGUUGAAUCACUUAUGUACGCAACAACUACGCCAUAUGCACUUGAUUUGAUGGCUGAGGGGAAUUUCAUUGAUUUCGAUAGGAAGAAAAUUCGCAGAUCUUUUGAUAUGUUAUCAACUGAGAUGCGAAUAAUCUUCGAAAAUUACAUUAAAGACUACAUUGGGGAGAAAUUCGACGACUAUGAUGCGGACAAUGGGAAUUAAAAACAAAAAACGUAACGACUUGUUUGUAGAAUGAAAUUCAAAAACAAUAAAAUACUUUUUUAUGAUACUCCACAUUUUAA